GUUAUCAUAGCUCUGAAGCUGACCUGAUCUUGCAAAAUGUCCUGAAUGACAACACUCGGAUUUUCCUGAUGUCUUGUUUUUGUUUUCUUUAUUCACCGAUUCCUGUCAGUGGUGGGGUGAUUGAGCCACUGUCGCUUGAUAUAAAUAGCUGUGCUCACUGCUUAAAUGACAGAAGAACAGCUGGAACCAGACUCACAGAUACACUUCGAGCACUUCAAGAUCUUCAAACCCAUGUGGUCCUCCAUGAUAGCAGUGGUGGCCCUGGUGGCCUGGAGCCCUCAUGGGGCCACAGCAGUGUCACUCAGAGAGCCCCGCCCAGGAAAACGAGGUCCUCCUCCCCCACCGCCACCCAAACCCAAGCCCAGCGGUCCGUCGCGGACGGUGCCGUGGCAGGUGAUGGUGUAUCUUGACGAGGGCGACUUCUUUGGUGUCUACGGAGGCGGGGCUCUGCUGUCCGACCGCUGGGUGGUGACGUCAGGGAGGAAUCUGUUGAUGGAGCACAGCAAGAAGACGCCGGUGCCCAAGGUCUACGUGGGCGUGGCCAAAUUCGAGGACGCAUGGCCCUCCAAAGAGGUGCCAGUCGAAAAGGUGUUUGUGCACCCUGGGUUCCAAAACUCAUCCAAAUGGGCCAAUGACGUCGCGCUGAUCAAGCUGAGCGCGCCGGUGGCCUUCAACCAGACGGUGAUGCCCAUCCCUCUCCCCGAGCAAGGCGAUGAGGAGGAGGAGACGCCAGGGGUCGCGGCCAUCUUUGGCGCCUGGGACCAGGGCAUCAUUCACGAGCUUCCCAGCGCCAUCAAGCACCUCAAGCUGCCCGUCGUGUCGCGCAAGGAGUGCCGCGCCAGCUUCACGAAGCCUUCCGAUCCCGUCAUAGACGACACCAAGUUCUGCACGGGCCCUAGCGAGCACUUCAUGAACACGUGCUUUAACGACGCGGGCAGCGCCAUGGUGUUCCAGAACGCUAAGACCAACAGGGUUUACAUCGGCGGUGUGGUCUCCAACAACAUGGCGUGCGCCAUAAGACGACAUGCCGUCAGCACCAAGAUCUCGGCCUACCUGCCGUGGAUACGAGACACCAUGAGGGAAGACCAGGAGGUGGCGGUCCAGAGGGCAGCUCUGGUGGCUGACCUGUACUCUGGCAAGAUCUAG